CAACGGUCACGUGACACCGCAGCCAUACGUCACGCCCGGUGUCAUGUGACUGCGGCGGCGGCUCGUGACUCGGACGCAGGGUAGCGGAGCGGGACGGACGGCAGCGGCGGAGACUCUCCGUGCUUCCGAAAUGGUAGAAUGACAAUGACACGACCAGCUCUCCUCUGUGUUCUGCUCGCUGUAGCUUCUGCUGCAACUGCCGGCGACGACGAUGGGUGUGUUCCCAGGAACUUUGGUCACGGAUCCGUGGCGUGCGAGUGUAACUCGACCCGCUGCGACUCGCCGGGAGCCGUCGGUUCGCCCCCAGUCGGGCGCUUCCUCACUUUCCUCACCAGCAGGGAGGGCAAGAGGCUGGAGAAGGGACAGGGGUUCGUGCGGAACGGCACCGCGGGGGCAGCCCUGAAGCUCACCGUGGAAGCUUCUCAGAAGUACCAGAGGAUCCGAGGGUUUGGUGGCGCCAUGACAGACGCAGCUGCCAUGAACAUCCUGUCGCUGUCGGUCGGAGCCCAGGACAAGCUGCUGAGGCAGUACUUUUCCCCAGAAGGUGCGGAAUACAACGUGGUCCGGGUUCCCAUGGCCAGCUGCGACUUCUCCACGCGACUGUACACCUACGCUGACACACCGGAGGACUUCCAGCUGCUCAACUUCACACUUGCUCCCGAAGACCUGCAAAUGAAGAUCCCCCUACUUCAGCGUGCCCAGGCCCUGUCCCCCCGCCCGCUGUCUCUCCUGGCUAGUGCCUGGAGCGCUCCUGCCUGGCUGAAGACCAACGGUGCACUUAUUGGCAAAGGCACAUUGAAGGGUGUGGCUGGAGGCAAGGCGCACAAGACCUGGGCGAACUACUACGUGAGAUUCCUGGAUGAGUACAGUAAGCACAACUUGACAUUUUGGGCCAUGACCACUGGGAAUGAGCCCACAGCUGGGAUGAUGACCAACUACAGCUUCCAGGCCCUUGGCUUCACUCCAGAAACACAGCGAGAUUGGGUGUCGCUGGACUUAGGUCCUGCCAUUGCCCUUUCUAAGUAUCCAAAAACUCAGCUCCUCAUCCUUGAUGACCAGAGGCUUCUGUUGCCACACUGGGCCAGAGUGGUGCUGAAUGACAUUCAUGCUGCUCGGUACAUCCAUGGCAUCGGGGUUCACUGGUACUUUGACCGCAUUGCUCCAGCAGAUCUCACUCUGUCCACCACACAUCACCUCUUUCCAGAAUAUUAUCUCUUUGGAACGGAGGCAUGUGCCGGCUGGAUCCCUCUAGAUCGGGGAGUAAAGCUUGGUAGUUGGGACCGGGCAGAAGAGUAUGCCCAUGACAUAACUGAGGAUUUGAACCACUAUGUGACAGGCUGGACUGACUGGAACCUGGCUCUGGACAUGGGUGGGGGUCCCAACUGGGCCAAGAACUUUGCAGACAGCACAAUAAUUGUGGACAAAACCCGUGACAUCUUCUACAAGCAGCCCACCUUCUAUGUUAUGACCCAUUUCAGUAAGUUCUUGCUGGAGGGGUCUCAGCGAGUAGGCGUGUCCUUUAGUGCACACACUGAUUUGGAGGUCACUGCUUUCAUCCGGCCAGAUAAGUCAACGGUGAUGACUGUUUUGAACAGGUCCGAUAGGGACGUGCAGUUUGAGGUGUGGGACCCGGCCACAGGCUACAUCCCCUCCGUCUCUCCUGGACAUUCCAUCCUCACGGUCAUAUGGCAGGCACAAUGAUGGGCUCUGCAACACACAUGUGGCAGGCUAGCAGACCUUCAUGCCUUCAAAGACUGAAGCAUCCAUUUCAAAACUGGAAAAUAAACUUAUGUAGGCCACUCACUUUUCCCCCAGAUUUUUUCCUUUCAUGCUGAUUCCUUGCUCUGAAAUUGACUGGCUUACCAUUAAUAGUAUUUCCUUUUUAAAUUUCACUGUCCUGUAUGAAAUGUACAUAAUUUAUCAUCUUUUGUAAAUGUGUGCCAACUAAUGAAGAUUACAAUAAAUGAGUUCUUGACCUGUGGCCACCUUGGGGGACAUAUGUGUUUGUUAGU